GUCUUCGGUUGUCUUCGUCUUCAUGUGAGGUCACAUGAACUGGCAGUCAGGCACACGUGCUCUACAUGUGGAUUGUUUACUGCCGGUAGAACCUUUUUAAUUGCGGAGUCAUCGCCUAAUCAAUAGCCACUUGGGCCGCGUGAGAGAACCGCUUCGGCCGUGAGACCCAAGGUGAGCGAUGGCAAAAAUCGCGGAUGGUGUGGACCCUGUAGCGGCGCUCGGAGCCGCGCAGUUGCUUACGAGGCCUGCGUCCGAGUUCGGCAACGAUCCCACCGUCGAAUCCCUGUGGGCCAUAAAAGCUGUCGAGCACAUGGAAGUCUACUUCAACCUGAUCAGCGCCGUCGAUCCAAAGAUCCUGAAGCUGACACCUCACGACGAAGCAAUAUACAAGGAAUUCAGGGAACGGUUCCCCGACUUGGAUGUCAAGCAUCUCGUGGAGUCCGAAAUCAAGACCGAAGAGUCAAAAAAGGAAUGGAGGGAAUUCUGUCUCAAGUUCGAGAAAGUCGUCGAAGACUUCAACUUCGCCACUCUACUCCGACUAAACAGCGAGAAAGAUUACGCUGAAGAAAACACGACGCUCGUUCCGAGGGUGCAGUUCUACGCGGUAGAAAUAGCGCGGAACAGGGAAGGCUGCAACGACGACGUAAGAAAAAACUAUGCACCAAAGCCACGAAACCGCGAGUGAU